AUGUCACUUAUCUCAAAUGAUGUUUCAAGCGAUUCCAAUAUUUAGACCUUAAAUUAAUUAAUUAUGGAGUUUUACUUGGCACCCUUUAAUUAGAAGCAUUUAUGCAGUAUCCAACCCAGGAUGAUGAAAAUGUUUGAAAAUAAAAUUGCCUCGGAUCAAGAAUCUGAUAUUAUUGAAAUAUUUAAAAUAUGCUUGAGAGAUUAUGCUUCAGAAUUGCUUUAAGAGUUCUCUCAAGAGAAUUUCAAGUAAGUUGAACAUCUGUGGGAAAUUCAUUAUCGUCUCUAAGCUACUAGUCUCAAAACAGAAAAAUUGUAUGAGAUGUAUUACAGUUUAUUUAAAAUUAAUACGCCAUGUCCUUAUGAUUUUUUUGAAAUCCAUUUCGAUAUUGCUAAAAAAAAGAGACCGAAUUUGCAGGAUUCAAGAAAGGUGCAUCAACAAUAUACAAAAGAACGCAUGAAGUAAAAGGUAACAUUAGUAAAGAUUUUGUAAGAUUAAAGUUUAUAUUAAAAACCUCUGCACAAUAGUGAAUGUAAUUAAUUUAAACCUCUUCAAAAAAACACAUAAACUAUUCAAAAAUAAAAGGAUAAACCUCCUACUCAGACUCCUAUUAAUGUGAGGAAUGAAUUUAAGGAAUUUGAAGAUCGAUUAACUAAAUUAGAAAACAGUUCAAAUAAAUUAGAACCCACAUUUUCAGCUUCAUGGACUUAAAAAUAUAGGAAUUUGUUCUUGAAAAGGAAAAAGUGAUUUAUUUAAAAUAAGAAAUAAAGAAAAACAUAAUCAACGCAAAGAGA